AUGGCGGGUAACUUUAACAUGAACGAAUUCAGUGUAGAACAACUUUUGACUCUCAACAGUAUCAUAGACAGUGAUGAGGAUAUAGAAGACAUCCUAACGGAUAGAAACUACAGGAUUGCUCCCGAUGACAAGGGUGAAAGCCCAUUCCAGGGAGAAAAACAGUUCAUAGGCGAAUACGAUCGUGAUAUGGAAACAAAGAAGCCAAGACCCAUACCUAAGAACUACAAGGGUAGAAAAGGGAUUAUGCCAACGUGGAAGUACUCUGACAGGCAAAAGGCUAAGGCUUUACUUGUAGGGGAAGCAUACCAGAGCUUACUAUCUAAGGGAGUCCAGGGACUUCCACCCACAAUGGGAGGCAGAUGGCGCACGGACGAUCCCCUUGUUAACGAGGAAAUUAAGAGAAUCGAAAACGAAAGGAAUCCUAAGGUAAAGCGUCCUAGAGGUAGACCACCAAAGGCAAAGACCGAUGCCGAAGUGAAGGUGCCAAAGAAGAGAGGCAGACCACCAAAGGUAAAGACUGAUGCUGAAGUGAAGGUGUCCAAAAAGAGAGGUAGACCACCAAAGGCAAAGAACGAAGGUGAAGCGAAGGUGCCAAAGAAGAGAGGUAGACCACCAAAGGUAAAGGUUGAUGCUAAGGUUAGAAAGCAAACCGUAGCAGAAAGAUUCCUGAGCCAGAGGAAGGUAAAACUCUCAGUGCCUGCAGAUAGUGUCAUAACUCAAACAGGUCCAGGUAAGUUCACAGUUCACGUGGAUCUUAAUAAGAGACCUGCGAGGAAAGCUCCUGAGGUACCCAAGGGUGUAGCUCCAUGGAGACCGGUACCUAAGCCUAGAAAGGUACUUCUUAGGGAAAGACCUGUACCGAAACCUAGAACUAAGCUUCUUAAGGAAAGACCUGUACCGAAACCUAGGACCAGGAAACCAGUGUCUCCUCCUAAGGUCCGUAAGCCCGUAAGGGUGUCGAGGGAAGUCAAGGAGCAGCCUAUAGUGGUUACACCAGAGGAACAAGAAAUCGAUCCAUUUGGAACAGACCUUGAAAAGCCAUUCCACAGGAAAAUUGAAACAGCCGCAAAUGGAGCCGCUGUGACUUACUCGAUAACUCCUCAUUAUAUGGACCCUCUGGACCAGAUGACUGCAAGUAGACAGGUAGUGAGAGGAAUACUUGUGAGUGAGUUAAAGAGAAUGGGUGGGUUGAAGUACACAGAGACUCUAAAGGUGAGAAUGUCAAAGGAAAUUGGCGACGGGAAAACCAAGAAGGACUCAGUCUACUUCAAAUCUAAGACUGGUACUGCGACUAACUUCGAGGAUAUUGAAAGUACAGCUGCUCAAAACCAACUGACAAUAUUGUCUAGAAUUGAAACCUUUCAAAACUUAGGUUCAAACUGGAUUAUACUCAAUAUCGAGAGUCAUUAUGUGAACAUUGCAAUUUACAAACCGUUAAAGGGUAGUUCAUACAUGAAACUUCCUGAGGAUAUCAGCAAUUCAAUGUGUGGGCUCAUCAAUAUGAAGAACAAUGACAAUCUGUGUUUCCUGUGGAGCCAUGUGAGACAUCUGAAUGCUAAGGCUAGAAGAGCAACCACUAUCACACAAAAAGAUAGGGAAUUCAUAACGAACCUGGACUAUGAUGGUAUAGACUUUCCCGUGAAGAUAAGUGACAUUGAUAGAAUUGAGAGGAAAAACAGUAUCAGCAUAUCUGUGUUUGGUUAUAAGGGUAAGAAACAGUUCUACCCUAUAAGAAACUCCAAGGCUAAAUACAAGGAUCAUACGAAACUUCUACUUCUAGGUGAUGUGAAGGUAACAAUCAUUAUGUGCUCAUAA